AUGAGCAAGGACAAGGUCACUCCGCGCCUUGCGACCAAGACGUCUCGGCCGGACUUCAUGUCAUACAUUCUGAGGUACAAUGACGAACGCGGUAUGGAGAUUCCAGAAAUUGAGGUCAAUGCGGGAAUCAUUAUUCCUUCCUGCCAACACGUUGGCUUGAGGGCAAUGACAAGGACAGUUCAUUUGCUUCCGACCGACAUGACGCACUGCAGCCGUUGUCUUUUGGGCCACGCGCGUGUAUUGGACGAAACCCGAGUCGGACGAGUGGAAUAA